UCCGACGACAUCGCCAUUUGCAGUAACGCCAUUGAUUCGCCAUUUGCGAAACUAAAAAUCAUGGACCAGGAGUUGGUGUACCCCAAUGUUGCUGGUGAGGAGGAGGUUGUGUUUUCUUCACAAGAGGCUGCACUGUCUGAUGGCAGGAUCCAGGCUGCUGAACUGAUGAUCAGCAUGGCUGCUAGUGGCCAUUCCGAUGUAUCCAUAACGUCAGAAGCAUUACAUGAGGAGGGUGUAGAUGUUUCCCACAGUGGAGACAUUCCUAUGAUUGUUUCUAUGCCAAGUGAACAGCACAGUGAGCUUGGAAACAAAGAUCCUGGCAGGAUAAGGCAGAGAGCAAGAAUUGAAGUAAUGGAAUAUAACGAUGUUGGGGACAAGCAAGAGCUGCCUGAAGACCUGGUGAUUAUUACAGGAAAAUCUGAACAGGACAAUGUGUCGUCAUAUCCAAGUGGGCAUAUCCUUUCUCAGGGGUUUUCUGGUGAUAUUGGAAAUACCAUAACACUCAGACAGAUGUUAACAGGUUUAGGUAGUGAAAAAGAAGUGGUGAAACAGCACUCUGAGAUGGAAACUUCUGUUCAAAACCUGAUACAUUCUACGUAUGAACAAGUGGUGGAAGAAGAUGGGGGCUCGAACACGGUUGUUAUCGAAAUGCCGUACGGAGGGGGGGACAAUGUUAUAGUGUCUGCACAAUCAGAAAACGUGCCAAUGAAUGGAACAAUCGCCACAGAUGUGUGUGUGGGCAAUAAUUACGUGAAGGAUGGAGAGGUGAUAACAGUCUCGGGGGAUCAAGCUCUAGAUGCGACUGGAGAGAUGAUCAAUGUAUCCCUGCAAGGGUCCGCCAGAGAGCAGUCCCUGACAGCCAUAAACAAAAAGAGGCUGGAAGAAAUGCCCACAAAUGUUCUUGUCAUUGAACCAAGAAAGCAAGGUCAUAUGUGCAUCAUCUGCAAGGCAUUCUUUGUGAAGAUAACAGAGCUGUACAAACAUCGGAUCACUCACAAUGAGAAUCUCGGGGUGAGCAUGUUCAAGUGUAGCACGUGUCAGGUCUCCUUCAGUGAACCGCUCGACCUGGAGAAACACAAACAGCUUCAUAUAGAUAGAAGGGUGUUCAAGUGCUGUAUAUGCUCCGACACUUUCUCAGGAUUCAACAACUACAAAUGCCACCUUCGAAUUCACGACAAGCUCGCCACAUACACAUGUGACAUGUGCCCAUUCCUGGUAUUUCAACUCCGUAAGCACUUCAUAUCGCACCUUGAUGACCACGAGAUAGCCAAGGAGCACUACAUCCCCGGCCAGGCGCUCCGCUUGAUCUGCUUCGUGUGUAACAAGGAGUUUUGUGACCGAGGCCAACUGCGGAGGCACCAGCAGUAUUACCAUUCUGAUAAAAGCUACAAGUGCUCUGUAUGCGGUAAAGCAUUCUGCGAACGAGCCAAACUGCAGAGACAUAUGCUGAUCCAUAAUGGCCGCCGUGAUUUCACGUGCAGUGCUUGUAAUAAGGCAUUUAGCUUAAAACAUAAUCUAGUGGCCCACAUGAAUGUGCAUACAAAGGAGAAGCCGUUUUACUGUUACAUUUGUAGAAGGACCUUCUCACAGAAAGUAUGUCUACAGCGACAUUUGAGAGUGCACGAGGGAUUUAAAAUUGAGUACGAGCAGAGAUAAAAAAAACAAA